UGCAGAUUUUAUAUACAUACGUAUUAGUUUUAUAAUUUUGUGUUUAUUUUUUUACUUGUGCCUACUGCUGCGUUUGCAUUCGAAAUGAAAGAAUAUAAUUUUUGGACUGUCCUCUAAAGAUAAACCUGCACCAAUGACACUCAAAAUGGCAAAUAAUUACCUUCUUAAUCGGGAUGGAUUGUGUGUUCUUUGUUUGAGAGAAGUACAACAGAUUCCUAAUACCCAAAUGCAAAAAAUUACAACAUUAUGUGAAUUUGUGCAACACCAAAAGUUCAAAACUUCCACAGCAUACCAGAAGAUAAUCGAGCAACAUGACGUUGAUCAGGGGCUGACGUGUCAAGAAUGCUUAGUCUUGAUAAAUGAAACUGAAGAUAUUUACCACAAAAUUUUGCAACUGCAGGAACUACUUAGAUCAAAAGUUGUCCUUAUUCGAAUAAGAAUUUUGGAUUCGGACGAACAAAAAUUGAAGCUACAAAACAAGAAUGAUAGUACAGAUGAGUUGGAAAAGGUGCUGAGAAUACAAAAAUCUCUACUGCGUUUGUCAGAUGAAGAUGACGGCUUCAGCAAUGUUCAAAUUAAAGUCAAAGCGGAGACGACGGAAGAAGACCAAUUUAUAAUGAAUGGUUCUUGUUCUCCUUCUGCAUUCCUUUUACAUCCAGACAAGGUUAAUAAUAAGGAAGAUGUCGAAGAUGAUAGAGAUUCCGAAUAUUAUUAUGAGUUUGUCACUCCUCAAGAAAAACGUGAGAGUGCAAGAUUAGCAACAAGAAGACGACAAAGAAGACUUAACGAGAGUGACAAUCAAGGAACAACCCCCAAGAAACGAGGUCGAAGAAAGCUUAAUAAUCUCUCAUCUAUCACGAAACAUAGCUCCCGUAAGAAACAAGUUACUAAAAAAUAUCCCAUCAAACUGGCAUCAGAACAAGCAGAAGCAAGCAUUUCUACAUCUGAAGAAAUUGACACAGAACCUAAAAAUGAGGAAUCGAAAGAAAUGAGACUAGUAGAUGCAGAUUUGGAAUAUAACAAUGACCUAAAAUUGAAUGAAACAAAGAGCGCUCGGCGUCGUCGUCAUCUUUCAAAAAACUUAUUAAACAGUCACGUUAACAAAUUUCACAAGUUUGAUUGUAAAAUAUGUGACAUGAGGUUUGCAACUAAGAGUGCCAAGAGUACCCACGACAAAGAUGAGCACAAAAUUGUUGCUUCAUUUCAGUGUACCAUGUGCAAAAGAAAGUUCUUUCGAAUUGGGUCCCUACAGUCCCAUAUGGUUGUUAAGCAUGAAACUGAUGAGAAAAACCACGUGUGUGAUAAAUGUGAUAAGCGAUUCACACUUGAAGUAAACCUAGAACGUCAUUUGAAACUUCAUAAGUUUGAAACAGAGAAAACACUGGUUUGUGAGGUAUGUGACUCAAGAUUUGCUGAUCAUUCUCGUCUAGAACGCCAUAUGGCGACCCAUAAUAAGGCAUUUUUGUGCACUUACUGCAACCAAAGUUAUUCUUCAAACAGUGUUCUUUCAAGACAUCAGAGAAGGCAUACUGGGGAGAAGCCAUAUCAGUGUGACCACUGUGAGGAAAAAUUCAUCGAUAAGGCAGCUCAACAAUGGCACACAGCCAAGAUACAUUCAACACAAGAUCAACAUCAUUUAUGCCCAGUUUGUGGAAAAAGUUUUUUCUCCGCCUACAUUCUUAAAGCACAUUUGGAUAGACAUGCAGGGAAACAAAACAUAUCGUGUAAAAAAUGUGGAGAAAAGUUUUAUGAUUCCAGUUCCCUAAAAACGCACUGUAUUCAGAAGCACGACGAUGAGCCCCUGAUUUGUGAUGAGUGCGGAGCAAAAUUCAUGACAGGGAAAGGCCUUAAGCAGCAUAAAAUGUCUCACGCCGGCCUGAAACCAUAUCAAUGCGAUGUUUGUGAUGCUCGAUUUCUUUCAAAGUGGGUCUUAACAAAUCAUAUGAGAAGCCACACUGGAGAAAGACCGUACCAGUGCCCACACUGUGACAAGGCUUUCAAGGCAAAGAAGCAUGUAGAUACCCAUGUGAAAAGGAUACACUCUGAGGAUUAUGUUAUCAAAACCCCUUUCCGGUGCCUAUAUUGUCAUAAAGCGUAUCCCCGGAAAGGGAUCUUAGAUGGCCACAUUCGUCAAGUGCACACAGGGGAAAGACCAUUCCAAUGCGAACACUGCAACAAGGGAUUCGCCCUUAACACCACUUUAAGACUUCAUUUAAAAUCUCAUGGAAUUAACGUAUCGGUCAGAACUCCAAGGCUCCCAAGGUCCAAAAGAGAACAAUUUUCAUCAUCCGUCACACAAAAUGAAAGACAUUCGUCUUGAAAAUUACAAAAACUUUAUCCUCGAGUAGGCCAUGCGGCUAACACAAAAUUCAACAGCAGUUUUUUUUCCAAUAUCAAACUUUGAUGGAACGGCUCACGUUACGUUAUCAUAAUUAUAGGUCCAAAAUGUCAACAUUCCAAAAUCCAAAUCUUGUCCUUCGUACUAGUUCAUACUUUUAUCAAUUCUGAGUAAUGAGGUUUGUUAUAAAUUAAAGUAGUUUUUGGCAUUGACAUUGUAUUAUUAAUGAUUUACUGAUUUAAUAAUACUGAAGCAAUUUCAAUAAAAGUCUAUUAUCAAGGCGAUAAUUGUGAUUUAUGUA